UCUCUGGAAGCUGAAACAAGACACUUUUUCACCACAAUUCCACUCUAGUUGGUUCAGUUGCAUUAUUAUUACACAUUGCAUUCUCAUCUCACAUCAUCAUCCUCCUCAUGACAUCUCAACACACAAAAGUUUAGGUCGGUUUAGGUUCAUGCAAUGGGUAUAAGCACGAUACGGACGUGGAGGAGAAGCAGGAGCGAGUCUGUCAUAUUUGAUGCCGGUCUGGUAUCCCAUCGCUUGGUUUGGCAGUACAGGCACGCAGUCUUUCUCUCUCCUCAGAUCAGAUCGGUCGGUCUUUGGUCGGAGUGGAAAAAAUCCUCGCCAUAAAUAGAAGGUGCCGGUCUGUCUCUGUCGUGGAAAUCAGCACUCUUUCUUCUUCUUCCUUUCGUACAUUUUUAAGCAAAUAUUAGACCCACACGUCAACCCACACCGAUUUACUCGCCUAAACCAAAGUCAUAUCUAUAGCCUCGCUACAUAUUUCUUCAUUCAUCCUCUCGUCAUAUUCCUCUUCCGCCUAACAUACCAUUCAUUGUUGUAUGUAACUUGUGUGGUGUGUGUGCAUGUGUGCCGGUCUGUCUGCAGUACGAACCAACUCAUAGCCAAGUAGAGCACAUUGCUACCUUCAAACUUUCAAAAUAUUUAGUAAUAAUUGUUUCAUCCCUCGUGGGAGGAAGUUGAUUUAAUAGUUGCGACACCACAGAUCAAAUCAAUUGUUAUCAUCACCUUGAGCUGAGACCCACGACGACGAGUGACGAGAGAAUCAGUGUCACAAAGUGCAGACUUACUCUAUAAGUCUAUAAGUCUCUUCAUAAGUGAAUUUUAAGACUUUUCUUUGGGAAUUUGUGUCGUUUUUUUUCUCUCUCUCCGAAGAAUAUGUUUCGAGCCCUUUUUAUGGAAAAACUUUGUCUGCUCGUGAUCUUUUGUUGUUUGUCCUGCGUCGUUACGGAAUCUGAUGGGGAUUCAUACACCACCACGGAUCUCAAGAACUACGUGGCCACUGCCGUCCUGCCCGAUGGAGAACAUGAGGUGCGGAUGAGAUUGGGAAAUGUCCUCGUCCGUGAGACUUUCGUCACGAAUCCCACCCAAGAAGGAGACGAUGAAGUGAGGAGGGGUCUAAUGCUUCGUCAAGUGGCGUCCGGUCCUCAUUUUUUGCAACUCAUCUACAAGCUAAAUUAUGGCACGAUGACGGGUUCCAAACACCGGAAGCUUGUCGAAUGCGAGGUCAUCAACGAUUGGAAGGCUGGGAACGAGUUUCGAUCACAAUUUCGAAGAGAGCUUGUCGCCCAGGGAUUGCAAAAUCUCGGAGUCCCAGCAAACCGACAUGUUGGCGACGACGAGGAUAGCGACGACCUAAUAAUGGCACAACUGCUGGAUGAAAGUAGUAGUAAUUCGUUACCAGAUGUUGAACCCAUCGACCUGAAUCAAGGAUUGGACGAAUUCAAAAACGUGACCGUCCGCCUCCUCCGAGACACCGAAGUGUCGGACAAUUUGAGGAAGACGUUUAAUGUCCAUGCUCAACAGAGGCAAUGCAAACGGCUUCACCAGAGAAUGAAGCAAGCCGUGAAGAGUGUCAAGGAUGCAAAGUUAUCAUCAUCAGACGAUGAAGAUGCGAGUAACAGUGGCGUUGACGGGUCGUCGUCAUCGUCCAAAAGGGCAAAUUAUACCACUCCAAGUGUCGUCCUGCGACGCACCAAGCGUGACAUGAGCACCCUUCAACUGCCCGGAACACAAUGGUGCGGACGGGGCUACACGGCCAAGGACAUGACGCAACUGGGUGGUCUGACAGGGACGGAUAACUGUUGUCGCUACCACGACUUGGGGUGUCCCUUCUACAUUGAGGCGUUUCAAGAGAAGUACGGUCUCUUCAACUGGAGAAUGUACACCAUCAACCAUUGCACGUGUGACGAGAGGUUUCGCUCCUGUCUCAAACAGACGAAUACUGGAUCAUCCAACUUCGUGGGGAAGAUUUUCUUCAACGUCGUCCAAACCAAGUGUUUUCUCCUCAAACCUGAAAGAACCUGUAGUAAAAUGAGCUGGUUUGGGAAGUGUUUAAAAUACGAGUACAAAAAGCAAGCGCAUCUCCGCGACCCGAUUCCAUACUGAUGAAAUUAAGUGACGAAUUAUGUGACGAAGAUCUUACAUACGUGACGAUUAUUUGUUAACCAAUUAAAAAAUCAAGCUCGUAAAUACCACCAUGCAAUUGUUUGUUAUACGUUUUGUCGUUUCAAUUGACGAAAUAAGUUUAUCAUUGCUUCAGUAAAAAUAGUUAUUUUUAUAUCUCAACUUUGUUGUUGUACUCUCUCCACGCAUUUAUGUGUUCUCUCAGCAGUGUUUCGGGUGGAAGUGAUCACUUGCAAAAAAAGUGUAGUUUUUUGCAACUAUUUUGCUCUGCAAGAAAUGCAAGAAACUACGUCACGUCGCUAAAUUUCAUACGACGUGUGGCUGGAUGCCGUAUAUUUCUUGCACUUUCUUGCAGUUUUUUACAAAUUUCUUGCGUGGCUUGCCUUGCAGUGCAAGAAAUGUGGCAAACCCGCAAUAAGCGAAACACUUUCUCUCAGUUGAUGAAGUAUGUACGGAUUAAUCGUAGCAUAAUAUUUAAUUUAGUUUCUUCUGUUAUAGAGGAAGAGGAGUUAGCAUUAUGUUUACAAAUUUGACAUGUUAUUACUCUUGUAUUUAUAAUCUUUAACUUAUUUAUUGCUGUUGAAAUCAGAAGAAAUUACUGGCCAAGAAUAUGCAGCUACAUACAUAAGUAGUCAUACAUGAAACGUUAUGGUAGUGUCGACAUGUAAUUUUAACGCAUUGUAAAUACAUUGUUUUUAAAUGGAUACGUGUGUAAUAAAUUUUAAUAAAAUGACUAAGAAAAUAAAUAGAAAGUGCGGUGUAGUCCC